AUGACCAAAUACACCACAGAGCAUUUCCUCGGCUAUAUCAAGGCCUUCAACGCGAAAGACUGGGAUGUACAGCACUCUUACUACGCCAAGGACGUUGUUUUGGAUCUUCCACGGGGUGACAAUCUUCCCACCUAUCGCGGGUCUGAAGGGAUCAAAUCUCACUAUGGCCCUCUGCUGGACAAAUUCACCGAGACCAUUGUCCCAAUCGAACUAAUGAUUGAAGAAGAUCGGAUAUUCUUCAUCAUGGAAACUAGCUUUCAGGCAAAGACAGAAACGAUAGGACCGUCCGGGUUUACUUGUACUCCAGGAGAUAUUAUCCGAGUCACCGUCUGGGCAUUCUACAAAAUGGAAGGAGGCUUGAUGAAAACGAUAACAACAAACCAACUGCAUGGAGAAUUCAUUGGGAAAAGGAUGACUCUGGAAGAGACAAUCAAAGACAGCCAAUCCAGGGCGGCCAGACCAGAGCUUAUAUUGGACUAG